AUGGCUUCCUCCGAGGUCGCUCGGCAGCUGCAAAAUGAUAAUUGUCGACCCUUAUCUUUGUCUGGCCAUGUUGGUUUUGAUAGCUUACCAGAUCAGUUGGUUAACAAAUCCGUCAACCAGGGCUUCUGCUUCAACAUUCUUUGUAUUGGGGAGACUGGAAUUGGAAAAUCAACCUUGAUAGAUACUUUGUUUAACACCAGUUUUGAUGACCGCGUAUCAACACAUUUUCAGCCGAAUGUAAGACUCAGAGCUCAGACGUAUGAACUCCAGGAAAGCAAUGUUCGAUUGAAACUGACCAUUGUAAAUACAGUGGGAUUUGGUGACCAGAUAAACAAAGAAGAUAGCUAUCAGCCAAUAGUGGAUUACAUAGAUGCACAAUUUGAGGCCUACCUCCAGGAAGAACUGAAAAUUAAACGCUCCUUAUACAACUACCAUGACACUCGCAUCCAUGUCUGCCUCUAUUUUAUUUCACCUACAGGCCAUUCCCUUAAAACGCUUGAUUUGUUAACCAUGAAGAAUCUUGACAGCAAGGUGAACAUUAUACCAGUCAUAGCCAAAGCAGACACCAUUUCUAAAACUGAACUACAGAAGUUUAAAAUUAAACUCAUGAGUGAAUUGGUUAGUAAUGGAGUCCAGAUAUACCAGUUUCCAACAGAUGAUGAAACCAUUUCUAAAAUUAAUGCCACUAUGAAUGGACAUUUACCAUUUGCUGUAGUGGGGAGUAUGGAGGAAAUGAAGAUUGGAAACAAAAUGGUGAAAGCUCGACAGUACCCUUGGGGCAUUGUACAAGUGGAAAAUGAGAACCACUGUGACUUUGUAAAGCUUCGUGAGAUGCUUAUUUGCACAAAUAUGGAAGACCUGAGAGAACAGACUCAUGCACGGCAUUAUGAGCUGUAUAGACGCUGCAAACUGGAAGAGAUGGGCUUCAGAGACACAGGCCCUGAAAACAAACCAGUCAGUCUACAGGAGACCUAUGAAGCUAAGCGGCAUGAGUUCUUUGGCGAAUUGCAGCGGAAGGAGGAGGAGAUGAGACAGAUGUUUGUGCAGAGAGUCAAGGAGAAAGAAGCAAUAUUGAAAGAAGCUGAGCGAGAGCUGCAGGCUAAAUUUGAACAUCUUAAGCGACUUCACCAAGAAGAGAGGAUGAAGCUGGAGGAAAAAAGAAAACUCCUGGAAGAUGAUAUGAUUGCAUUCAGUAAGAGGAAAGCUGCUACUGAGUUACUUCAAGCACAGGCAUUUGCAUCUACACCUAGCGUUAGUUUGAAAAAAGACAAGGACCGUAAAAAGUAA